AUGUCGAAUAAACACGAUAGACGAUUAUUACGUGAUGAUUUAAUUGAUGAUAUGAUUGAACCGCCAAUACUAUCAUCAACAUUAAAUAAUCCUGCGGCAUCUUCAUUUUUUAUUGAUAGUGCAAAAAUAAC